GUCUCGCUUUACGCUCCUUUGAAAUUCUGACAGUUCGAUGAUGGCUUGAGUUUGGACUGUUUACAUUUUUUCAAAUAGAUUGGCUGGCCUCUAUUUCAAAUGUAUAAGCGGUCUUUAUUCCGAGGUAACAAGUCGAAAGUUGAUGUUUCACGGAAUUCUUAUUUCAAAGGAGACAUUUCUUAUCGUACGAUACGUUAUAUUGAAACUAUAAGGCGUUACAUUUUUCCUCCCCAAAGACGCACAUGGGGAGAAUUUUUUUUAGUAUAUGUACCAUAUUGUUAAAAACAUACUUUCCACUAUUGUUUUUCGUAAUCUUUAUAUGAUAUACGCAUUCUGUUACAUACCACGGAGCGAUCCAAUUUUGAUCAUACAAAAGCAUAAAGAUAUUAUUUUGUAGCGUUUUAGUAUAAAUAACGAGUAAUGCGUGGUGCCGGUGAUUCAUUUGUGUAAAGAGGGUUGAUUCUAAUUGAAAUAAAUUUCGUUUAUUUUUCCGAAAGAUUUUGAAAUACACGAGCAAAGUGAUUUAAAUAUAUGUAAUUUUUUCUGUCGUAUGAAUCAGAGUAAUCGGGAUUAGAUUAUCCGAUGACCGAAAAUCAUUUGGAAAUUUCUGUAAAAUUUGCGAUCAACAAAAUUGAAUUUCAUCGAAAUUUCAAUAUGAUUUUUCGCUGUAUCCGGACAGCGGAUCUUCCCAUCUCGAUAAAGAUACUAGUCUCAAACAUCUAGGAUUGUGCUGCUGCAUUGUACCGCAACCUGGUUCUAGCGACAUUUUUUUCGUGGUCAAUUUUUACAGGCUUGCUUUGCACCCUUUUGAUGGUCGGAAGAGAGAUUCUCGCAAUCAGAAUCAAUGCUCUUGAUCACAGUAAUGUUAUACCAAAGUCUGUACUUUUAUGUACAGAAAUAAAUUGACGGAUCUAUGUAUCGAUUAGCGUCGACGUUUAUCGUUUUAAAAUGCACUUUUUGUGGUGGUCAAUGUUGGAUGCCCUAAUUAGAUAUUAAGUGAUGAUUGUUGAUGUUAAUCAAUACCAAUGAUAUGUUUAAUUACUCUUUGAAAUGUUCCUACAUAGUUUAUAAUUUUUGAGAUAGUGUGUUAGGUAUUUAGGAUCUCGUCUGACUACUUUUAGAUGCUCAAACAUAACAAACAAAUGAGCAAGACGUUGGUCAUAAGUAGCUGGGGGUACGACUAGACAGAUAUAACCGCAAGUAUCGUUUUUCUUCCUGUCGAUGAUACAGUUACAAAAAAUAUUUUAAUUUCAUUUUUACACCCUAACUCACAGUCCGUUUAUAAUUUGCACAUUUUACAAAAUUGUACAAAAAUUAAUUUUCCAUUCACAGCUGCUGACCGGAUAUUUAUACAAUAAAAAAUAGCGGCUUCUGCACAUAAAAUUUUACAGUAAUUCUCUUCGGCAUUUUUUGAGGUGAGGUAAAAUAUUUCUCAACCUAGUUAAAAUACAGACUGCUUAAUUCUUUCAAUUUUGGCCCGUUAUAAAAGUUGGAUCAUUUUUUUUUCUGUUUCUGUUCUCUUUCUCUCUUUCUUUUUGAUUCAUCCGUUCUCAUAAUUGCAAUGCCGAAUUUAAUUUUUUUCUUUCUGCUUUGUACUCUGUCCCCCUGAUUUACAUACAUUAUUAUAUUGUUAUAGUAUUAAUAUUAUUAUUGUUUAGCCGUAUGUCUUUUUGUGUGUGAAACUAUAUCACGACGAUUGAUAUUUAAUUAAAAGCAUUUUGUCAAAAUAACAAUGAAAAAGAAUAAUAAUUGUACAUCAUUUUCCCGUCACGAUUGGUUGGAUUCGCAUCGUUGCCCUACUUAGCUGCGGCAUAGGCGUCACACUGUCAGUCUUUUAACCCCUAUCAUAAUACAAUGGUGUUCAGUUUUUCCUCAUCACGUACAAUUCAGUGCCAAUCAUUAGACGUAAAUGCUGUUUAAAAAUACCACCGGUUCUACGAAUUUUUAUCACUCAUUCUACUGAUUAGAAACUGUCAUUGCUAUGCAGGCAAAUUGCAAAGGAAGAGAACCUUAGAUUUCGAAUAGCCAAAAUUAUCGAAUACGCAAUAUAAUUGUUUCAGCGAAUACCUUACAUGAUUUAGUAAUAACGAAUCAUUAGGAACGUGCGUCAAGAUGUUUGUAGACGAUGAGAGAAUUGCAUUUAGUUAUUGUUUGAAUGUUCACGCCUUUGUCCGCGAUCCUGUAUAUCUGGCGAUAAAUCAAUGCUGAAUUAUUGAAAUAGCGUAUGCUGGCACGAAGCUAAUACAACUGAUAGGUAAAAACGUUGACCGUGCAACAGUCGAGCAUGGAAACAGAACGUUGAAAGUUGGUCAAUUCGGUAUUCACUGAUUUCGUGAUCGUCGCUGACCUCAGAUCAGCUGCCGUUUUUGCUUAGAUUGUACGGGAUAAUUGGAUAAAAUAAUAUCUGGAGACUGCAAACUCGCUUCUGGUCUCGGCGCAUCAUGGAAAACAGCGUGCAGUUUGCGCUGGUGGUGGCUGUUGGUGUUAUUGCAUUAACAACGUCGAGCGCAACAUGGGGACAUUUUCUGCGGCCUGGAAAGAACAUCGUAUGGUCUGGAGAUCUCUCCAUAGCUACCCCAGCUUCACCCGGCAGAGUCCCUCUCUUCUUGCUUCACAUUUUGAAGCACAAACUGAAUCCUCAUAAGGUCCAGAAAGUCACGACAACUCCGAUGUCACAUUCCCAGUGCUUCUGCGUGCCUUAUUAUCUCUGCGAUAUGAACAAUAACAUCAUCACUUCUGGAAUUGGUGUGAUCGACAUCAGAUUUCGACCCUGCACCGGGGACUUGGAAGUGUGUUGCUACAUGCCUAAUCUCAAUAUGUCAACUCCUAUGCCAAUUCCAACCGCUACUCCUACUUUGAUGCCAAUGACAAGCAUGCCGCCAACGAUGAUGCCAACCAUGCCACCAACCACGAUGCCGACGAUGAUGCCUACUAUGCCGCCAACGAUGAUGCCAACUAUGCCACCAACCAUGAUGCCCACUAUGCCACCAGCUACGAUGCCAACUAUGCCACCAACCAUGAUGCCCACCAUGCCACCAGCUACGAUGCCUACUAUGCCGCCAACAACGAUGCCUACUACGCUACCGACCAUGGCUCCUGCAAUGAUGUCUACAGCGCCACCGACAAUGCCGCCUACCCAUCCACCGACCAUGAUGCCGACCAUGCCUCCUACCACGAGCGCUACCAUGGCUCCCACUACGAUGCCAACAGCGGUUCCAACAACGCCGCCUACCAUGCCACCGACCAUGACACCUGCAACAAUGCCAACCAUGGCACCAUCAAUGAUGUCGACAACGACGCCUACAUCGGCACCGAUAACAGUAUUCCCGACACCAUCGCUCUCUUUGAAUUGCUUAUGCGUCGAGACGUAUCAGUGCGAUGCAUCCGGUGUAAUAAUAAUAUCUGGUGCCGGUGUGAUCGACCCUCGACGGCAGAACCAAAGACUCUGCCCAAUCGCCACGCAGGUUUGCUGUCGAAUUCCAACUUCUGUUGUUUUCCCAACAUCGAUGCCUGCGAUGACGUCAAUGUCGCCGGCAGUUCCCUCUAGCCAACUCUGCGUCUGCGUCAAAACGUGGCAAUGCGACUUAAUGGGGUACGUAAUCGUCUCCGGAGCCGGCAACAUCGACCCUCGAUUUCCUAUCGGUCGGUUCGGUCAGUUGGGCAGCGCUUGCUCAGCUGCGGAUGAAACAUGCUGCAAAAUACCAGCAAACGGUCAGGACUCGGCCGUUGGCUUUCCGUCAAACGGAAUGCAGCCAUACCCUUCCGGGGGCCUGGGGCCCAUCCGGAACCCUGGCACGGAUCGCGCCUGCAUUUGCGUGAAGACUCUGCGGUGCGCGGACGGGUUCGUAGUCAGCCAGGACGGCGCGGGCAUAAUCGACCCCAGGUUCGGGAUCUGCCCCAUGCCCGACGACGUCUGCUGCCAGCUCCAGGGCAUCGUCGGGGUCAAGGGUGUCGGGUUACCGUCGAACGGGAGACACACCCUUGUCGUCACUGCAGGUGGAACAGGUUCGAAAUUUGAUUCCUGCGGGAUGAGGAGCAACGAUUACAACGCGGGUGCCCAAAGAGCAGACGGACCCGGAGCGACGUUAUUCGGCGAGUUUCCUUGGAUGGUCGCACUCCUGGUACGACAGACCAAAAACCCUCUGCUUUUCCAGUGCGGUGGAUCCCUACUAUCAACGAGGGCGGUUUUGACCGCCGCACACUGCGUCGCUGGACAAGAAGUGGGCCGGCUCGUGGUACGCGUCGGCGAGUGGGACACCAGGUCCAACAAUGAACCGCUACCCUACCAAGAAGCUGGAGUCCAGACUAUCCUGAAACACCCGCAAUUCUACAGCGGUGGUCUUUACCACGAUGUAGCCGUCCUGAUACUAACUUCCGAAGUCAGCUACCAGACGAACGUUCGACCGAUCUGUCUGCCCCAACAAGGAAUGGCCAUCACUCCGGGAGUCAGAUGCUAUGCAACCGGUUGGGGACGAAAUUCCUUCGGAGUCGAGGGACAGUAUCAAGCCGUUCUGCGACAGGUCGACUUGCCGAUCGUCGAACGAUCCGAUUGUCAAAACCGUCUACGAUUGACAAGACUCGGCCAGUAUUUCCAGUUGCAUGGUAGCUUCAUGUGCGCAGGCGGGGAACCGAGUAAGGACACCUGCACAGGCGACGGAGGAGGUCCCUUGGUGUGCCCAACUUCCACCGGAAGGUACUUCCAGGUCGGCGUCGUUUCCUGGGGCAUCGGUUGUGGGUCAUCAACGACACCCGCCGUUUACGCCAGCGUUCCUCAGCACCGCCAAUGGAUCGAUCAGCAGUUAGCUAAUUAUGGAGUACUGUGAGCAACGAAUUAUAUAUUACUACUACACAGUGGGUGUCGUCGAUUUGUGAAGUCCUAUUUUCUCAAGCCUGCUGAUACACGCAUUUUCACGUCUAGUCCUACGUAGGUUUAUUUACUUAUAAACGUGCGGUUUAGCUGCAUUUAUUAUUCUGUUUUUACAACCGUCGUAUUCUUAAGUUAUAACGCGUAACUUAGCACCAACUUGCUUGACUUGGAAGGUUGUUAUUUCGUUGGAUUGAAAUAAUAAUCGAGGUACAUGAUUCGUCCGUAGGAGAUGAAUGGUCACAAAUCUAUUUGUGAAUUCCCUAGAAACUAAAGUUCAAUUCGUCGAUAUUAUGCAUUAUUUAUUAUUACAUACAUCAAUAAACGUGUGAAACUACCUGAGAAUAAAGUUUGUCAGAAAAUUAUAAUUCAUUAGAGAAAGUGAAUUAUUUGUAAACCGUGCAUUCGACUUAUCCAGGGCUAAUCUAUAAACGAGUAAUUAAAUUAUUCGAAAUAGCCAGGAAUAAUAUUUUCAAGAUUUCGAGACAGCCUCUCGCGGCGCAAUCUCGUGUUGGUAAAUUAGAAAUGCUGUUAUUUGUUUGCCUUAAUGAGCCAUGAAUCUGAAAUAUUCUUAUUAUCACACAGUUUCAAUACGUGAAUCAUGAAGUGCACGCGUUAAUUGCAGGCGGUAAUCCGAUGAAUUUAGAUAUAGGUACAGUUACGAAUUUUUAUAUAACUAGUACGUUUAACUCGUAUACUUCCUGCGGCAUUCAACCUCUGACUAAUUACUACGGCUGAAUCGAAUCCCUGUUAGCCAAAGGCUGCAGGCAGGUAGAAGGUACGACCUAAUUGUACAACGUUAACAUUGGCACAUAGAAUGAGUCGUGAUGCACAACAGCGUGACUAAUACAUCCAUUAUUGCCAAUUAUCGCACGGGAAAGAACGAACGGGCAAAGUUUGCUUAGCUUCGGACAAUAUUCCUGUUAUACGCAGCGUGCCGACUAAUCGAGGUACACAUAUAAUAAUUUCACUUGUUCAGAGAUUAUUUUUCAAUGCUGCAUUCAU